CUGCGCUCUCUAGUGUGGGAGGAGGGCCUUAAAGAGCCAGGUCCUUCGUAAGUUGACGUCGGACCUUGAUCAUAGAAACAGGAGAAAACAGUGACAGAACAAAACGGGAAGCAAUUCCGUUAUGCCGGAAUGGAGCAGGAAGCGCCAAAUCGCGAAGAAGCGGGAAUUCGAAAAGCUUAAGCGGCUUGCUUUAGGUCACUCGCUUACCCCUCCGCGCCGCCCUGGGCCCUGGAGAAACCGAGUCGAAGGUGCCAGAAGCGACUUGAGACACCCCUGUAAAGAUGGAACAGCAAGAGGAAGGGACUGGGCCCGAGGGGAACAACCUGUCCCUGCCAUCACCAGGGACCAAGCCGUGGACCCCUGCACCUUUCCCAGCCUUGCCACCUUUCCCCCUGGGCACCCCAGACCCAGCCCCCCACCUGGGGCUCCCUGAGAGCUUGGCCUCUGUCACCGUCCCCAUCCGUCUGGAUGCCCUCUCCUACCUCCUGCACAGUGCCCUGAUGGGGGCCUACACCCUUCAACAGUCCUUGCCCUCCUGCCCCUGCACCCCCCAGGCAUGCUGCACCCAGCCAGGCAUGGCCACAAGGCCAUCCAGGGGACGCGGGGGCUGGGGCGUCCAGCGCAGGCCAGGCAGGGGCCAGGGCCAGCAGCAGUGGAGACCUGGAAGGGCCAAGAGGGGCUGUCUGGGGGGGUCUGGGGCUGGCCCCAAGACUCCGCCGGUGAUGCCAGCAUCACCACCAACGCUGCCUGACCAGGAUGGGAGGAAGGAAGCCCGAGGGCAGGAGGCGCCCCAGGACGUGCCGCCUGCUGCAGCAGAAGACUGGGAGACAGAGUACUAGGACCCUGGAGGCCCAGCUCCCCAG